AUGUCGGAAAAGGUGGGACGAGAGAUUAUGAAGAUUAUCGACAAGCUUCUGGAGAAACUACCUACUGCUGAGCUAGCUGGCACCUCCUGGAGAGACUAUGGGGAGGCCAUCCUCAUAGACAACAUCAACGAGGCGUACAAAAUUGCGCAUGAGUUCUCGAGCGAACACGUACAGAUCCUGACUCAAAACCCAAGAGAGGUGCUCGAAAAGAUGUCAAACUACGGUGCUCUCUUCCUCGGCAAAAAGACAUGCGUGUCCUACGGCGAUAAGUGCAUCGGUACCAACCACGUCUUGCUAACGCGAAAGCUGGGCAACUACACCGGUGGUCCCUGGGUGGGCAAGUUCCUCAAGACGCAGACGUACCAAGAGAUUGGGGACGAAAAGGCGAGCGGCGAGAUGGGCAGGCUCUGUGGGAGGUGUUCAAGGGCCGAGAACUUUGAGGCCCAUGCCAGGUCUGGCGACUUGAGGGCGCAAAAGUAUCUCGGGGAUGAGUAUGGAUGGAUCAACGAGGUGAGGGAGAGAUUGUAA